GACAUCAUAAUUUAUUAAUACAGAAGGCACUGUUCAUUGCUGUUAAAUGCCAUAAAGAGCUGGAAAUAGAGCAGUUUCUCAGAAGGCAUCGCCAAUAUGUCAGAGGAAAGGUUUCCUUGAUGCUCUCAGCGUGCCGAAGAUCCUCUCCUCACAUUUUGGUUACUCUCCUGAGCCUCUGUGUAGCAUUCCAAGGCAUCUUUGCUGGCCAUUUCCCCCACUCCUGCAGCUUCCUCCUGCCAGUGCUGGCUGCCCAGCCGUGCUGCUCCUGGUGCCUUCGGUGGCGCAGCAGCAGGAGCUGUGUUGUGCCUGCCCUGUUGUCCCUGUUGUUGUCCCCGCAUUGUCUGGCAGGCAGAGGCCCCACAUGGGCAGCACAGGCCAGUCUGCAUCACGUGCAGUGGCUGGCUCCGCGCAGCAGGCUGCACACCCCUGGGCCCUGCUCCAGCAAAGCAUUUAAGCACCUGCUUACCCCUAAGCUUUGGAGUAAUUCCUCUGGCGUGAGCUAAGAACUGCCGCCUCGUGCUUCCCACGGUCUUCCCUUGAGAGGGUGCCCGGCCUCCCCAUGGGGCGGACUGCUCCCCACUGACCCCUGCAUGUGCCGUCACCCCCUCCAGCACUGGACACAUGGAUGGGCUCUGCGCUGCCCUUGCUGCAGCUCCCUGCCUUCCCAGCUCUGCAGGGUCAGGACCAGAACCCGGCUCCUGUGUCACAACUCCCAUCCCAUGCAUGUGUGCCUCCAACUCUGCGCUCACCGUCCCCUGCAGCGCCGGCACGUUGGCAGUUGGCUACCCCCCUUGAAUCCCCCUCUUCUCCGGGCUAUAUGUGGCAUUUCCAAGCCCUGACGGCCUCUCUGAAUGUUUUCCAUAUUUGUUCAGCCUCCUCCUAGGUUCAAAUACCGGGGAGGACUGGGGCGGCACAGAGCGCGGUUCGGGGCGCAAGGAGCCCUGGCACACGCACACGCACGUGAGGAGCAGCAUGGGGAAGAAGGAGAAGAAAGCUCAGCACAAUGCGGCCCACGGCGGGGAGCAGGGCACGGAGUCUGGCCACACACAGGAGCCGGCGAUGAAGAAGAAGAAGAAGAAGAGCAAGGGGGAUCCCAAAGCUGGCCGGGAGGAGGAAUCUCACACGUGUUGUUGGUGCCGUUUCCCACUGCUGUGUGCUUUGUUGCAGCUGGCAUUCGGCGUCGCUGUAACGGUGCUGGGCUUCCUCAUGGCAGGCGUCAGCUCCUCCCUGCCGGUCAGAGACACUCCGUAUUGGGCUGGGAUCAUUGUCUGUGUGGUGUCCUUAGUGGGAUUUGUUAUGCUUUGCAUUUCAUACCAACCUGAUGAGAAGACAUGCGUGCAGUUCGCAGUAAAGCUGAUGUAUUUUCUGCUGAGUGCCCUGGCUCUGGUUCUCUGUGUCGUGGCAGUGGCUUUUGCUGCCCACCAUUACCUACAGAUGACAAAAUUUACUUGUGAUAUUGUCCUCGAGUCCUGCCACUGCAAACUGGACACCGCAGACCCCCUCAGCAGGACCUUCGUCUACCAGGAUGCCACUGACUGCAGCAGUGUCACCACGAUGCUCAGCCUCUACCUGCUCCUGCAGAUGGUGCUCAACCUGAUCGCAGCUCUGGUGUGUCUGCUGGCGUGCUUCGUUAUGUGGAAACACAGAUACCAGGUCUUUUAUGUGGGUGCUCGGUUCUACCCUUUAACUGCUACUGAGUGCCAGCAACAGAAAGUGUAGGGUUUGCGCUGGCAGGGCCUCUAGCCAGGGAAUGGAAAAUGUCAGCAUUCUGCCAUCAUAGACACCACACAUGGAUCAAUGUUUGUAAGGUUUUCGACAAGGAAAAACAUUCACAUUUUUAAUGAAUAUAUUUUUCAAUCAUUUUGUACGUCAACUCUUGCAAAAAGUCCCUGGUGAGACUAUAUAGAGGUCACCUAACAUUCUAAAGAUGCAACUGUAGUAAUACUCACCAAAGAGCAUCUUCAGUAGCCAUAAACAAAAUGAGAGCUUAAAAAGUCAUUGGGAACUCAUCUGCAGGGCUACAGCUGUUUAGACAUGGGGUCUGUUUCCCUCACUGGUAGAUAUUCAUUCUUGCCUUCAGAGAAGAUAUACCGAUUUCUACCACAAGAAGAUCUGGUCCAAACUGUUUUAUUAUAAUUAUACUGAUAAUGCUUAAGGAAGAUAUUGUAUUUUGGAUGCACCAAUGGGAAUUUACUGCACGGAAAAGGAACAAAAGAGGUCAAGACCUCUUCAAAUGCAGGCUGAGAUGAGCAGCAGAAGUGACUAUGUUGAUGACUACCAUAUAAAAGACGUUUCAGAGUGACUGGUGAUGGCAGUUACCCAACCCAAUUAUGAACAAACACCAGUUUCAGGGGGUUUGCUGAUGGUGAUGGGGUGGGCCAUGCCUCAGACCCAAGAUGUUUUACAAAUGAGCGCUCAGCGCUUUGCGAGAAAAAAUCAAUUUAAAGAACCUUGAACUGAGCUCCUAGGAUAGAGGUCCCUAAAUCACUAGUCACAUUGAAAGCCUUGCUGUAAUUGCAUGCUCCUAAACCCAGUGUCAGGUCCGUUCCACCAAUUAUACUCUCUGUGCAACAGGCCAAGUACAUUUUUGGUGUAACUCCUCUGAAGACAAUCAGCCUUACACACCAGCUGUGGAUUUGGGCCAACAGCCCUCAAAGAUACAUCCCCGCAACAAUCCAUGUUUUUAAAGUGGGAUAGAGGGAGGGAAGCAAGAAGAGACUGCCAGUCUACCAAAGACAUCAAUUGUACAUAAUAAGGGCAAGAGAAUAACAAUUUCUUUAAAAGCAGCAUAGAAUAACAAUCCGUGUUCAGUGCUCUUUCACCCUAAAUGCAUGACUCUGAAAGUGCUUUACACAUUAUUAGCCUUCUACCAGGACGAGUAUGCUGGCUUGUCCCUCCACCUGCUCAGUGUGUGCUCUCUGAAGACAGGAGCAGCUCUGGUCAGCAGCCCUGGGCACUGCUGCCCAAUAUCGACACCAGGGCAACGCAGCUGGCGCUCACACUCCGUCAUUGUUCAGGAUUUCCUGAUCCCUGCCAGAGCCAGGGUGUCUCUGAGGUGGAGUGGAACAACCACGUGCCAGAAGAACCACGCCAUUAUCAUUAUAAGCAAGGAGGAAGCAAGCAGAAUUUCUACAAGGCUUUAAACAAGCAAAAACUUUCUGUUUCUGCUAAAAAAAAAAUAGCCACCAGUGAGUCAAAAAGCUGGGUUGGCAAAAAGCUUGUUGUAUAAGCAGCUCUAAUCCUAUCCAAAAAGUGCCUUCCAUGCAGCGACCACGCAGUGAGCACACACCACCCCAGGCUAGACCAGCAUGCUGCCAGCUUCAGAGAAUCACAGUGUGGGUCGGUCUCCUGAGGUCCACCUAGAGCAAAGUGCUCAUGUUUCUCUCACAGAGAGAGCUUCUAGCACAGACAUACCAUCAGUCACCAAGGUGCUCUCUGCGAGCUGUGAAGUUGGGACCUUUUGAAAAUGAAAGUUUCAAGACCAGCUCCCAAAAAGCCAUUUUUUUUGUACCAAAAACCAAGCGACAGCAGCAAGUGUGGUGGUAAAGGGAUAUUUGCGAGGACUCCUGCUGGUUGUCCACACAUCACCACCUAUACAAAGUCCCAGACUGGACUCUCAGGCAUACUCAGAGCCAGCAUAUAGUGGCCCAGUGAGGUGAGACCUGGUGUGGCAGUGGAGGAAACAGCACAUCUCCUCUGACUUCGUUGGAGCGUUCUGCAAUUAGCGCUGGUGGACCAGAACCUAUAUGAGACCGAUAAGUAGGUUUGGGGGCUUCCUCCUGCCCUUGCCAUCAGGCUCUGCAUCCCAAUGGCUGAUGAAGCCAGAGGAAGGCUCUGCCGGCAGAGCCCCUUCCUAAAUGGCCUAGGUACCUGCCUGGGAUAUCUUCCAAGGCAGCCCUGGGGGAUUUUGAGAUGCCAGCUGUGGGAUUGGUGGGGAGGGAUACAGGUGACGGGAAAGGAAGACAGCCUGCUCUGCUUAGGAAGCCACUUUCACAACAAUGUUUUAAUCACAGCGCACUCCCUGCUUUGAGCCACCACUGCCAAAUUUGGCUCACUCUCCAGCGCAUCACAGUGUAACACUUCACUUUAGAAGAAAACAAUAUUCACUGUAUAUUCUAUGGGUAUUCUAAUGCUUUAUGAAUAAAUAUGGAGCAUUUUGAUCUAGCAAA